AUGAUGAUGAACCACCCAGAUAGUGCUUCUGUCACACCCUCUGUGGAACCAUCCGUUCUAACAUUUCAAUCAGUCACGCCAUCCGUGAGGAGACAGUUUGGGGAUUACGAAGAACGCUUCCAACAGAUGGACAACGAGAUUGAUGCGAUUCGAACCAGCUUUGAUUUGGAUCCCAACGAGGAAACGCGGCUGGACUUGUCCGUGUUGGAAGGGAGGAUUGAUGAAUUGGAGAAUGCGGAAAACAGAUUGCUGAGCGAACGACAUCGGUUGCACCAGAUGCUGUUGUCCGAAAAAGAGAAAUUGAUUCAAAUGAGAGAAGAAGAACGACUCAAGAAAUUAUCAGAGCAGCAAAUGCAGCAAUACGAUGAUCAAAAUGAGACGCCAACUCAGAAACAAAGGCCAACGACGAUACCUUUUGAAAUUACGUCUCCAAGUCAAAAACGUGCCAACGAGUUUCGCAAUAGUUCGAUUGGCCUCUUUGAAAUCUCCAAACAGUUGCAAAUUUCUCAGGCCAAGAUUGAAGCCCAAGGUGUGGAAAUUAAUCGGUUGGAGCGACAGUUGCGAUUGUUGGCCGAACUGCAGGGCGUCAAUGUCGCGGACCUUCGCAAGGCACUGGAACAAGCUUGUGCGGACGAAGCCUAUGGAGAAAUGCAGCAUCGAAUUGCCUUUUUGGAGGCCGAAUUGGAAGCUUCCCAACUGAUGCAAAAGGGACCGCCUCGAAGGAAUAACCGUUCCGAAGAAGAAGAAGAAGAAGAGGAUGGAAAAAAUAAUAAUGACAGUGAAGAAAUGGAUGCCUUGCGAUUCCAAGUGCAACAACAGCAAAUGGACAUUCAUCGACUGAAAUCCAUGCUGGAAGAAAAAGACCAGCGUAUUGAGGAACUGUCCAUGGCCCAUCGAAAAAGUGUCCAGGCCUUGGAUGCGGGGGCAAAUGCCAUGUCGCAAGAAUACGAAGAAUUGUUGGGAUUGGUGGCGGCCAAAGACGACGCCCUGGAGGAAGCAAGAAUCGCCUUGGAAGCCGAACGGGAAAAGUCGCUCGAACACGAACGACAGUUGGUCCUGAACAAUGAAAAGAUUCGACAAAAGGAAAUGAAGCAAAUAAAGGAACGUCACUUUGACCAAGUCUUGGCACUGGAAAAGAAGAUUAUUCGAACGGAAAACAGUUGCGACGAUCGAAUAAAGGACAUGGAGCAGCAGCUCAAGUCCUUGUAUGUAGCGGUAGGUUGCAUCAACGAAGAUCAUGACGUUGAGAAGGAACACCGAAGUCGAUUGUCAAACGACCUAAAAGAAGCCGAUUUCGAAGUGGCCAAUCAAUUGAAUGUUGCCGAACGGCGCAGUACUACUGCUAGUGGCGGCGAAUCAGGUGGUGGUCUCUACAGCACCCUGCUCAUGAACGAACUCAUGUCCCUGAAGGAGGAAGCAGCCAUGGCCGAAUCGUCCGUGGCUGCCUCGGCUGAUAUACCUCCACUCAUGGCAUUUGCAAUGACUGGUACCUUACUGAUAAAGAACAAAGGUGUGGUAGGACGAAAAUGGAAACCCAAACACUCGAGACUCUUUCUUUGUGGGGAUCACUAUCAAUUGGAUAUCGGUGAAAAGUCGUACGAUAUUCAAUUUGGUAUUUCCAAGGUCGACUUUAACCCCAAUCAUCCAUUGUCCUUUGUGAUUCAGACGGAUCCAAACGAUCCUCGUGCCCAUAACAUAUCGGCAGCGGCAUCGAAUGAGGACGACUACCAUAAAUGGAUUUCUGCGCUGAGCAAGGCAACGACUGGGGAAGAUUGA